AGGGACGCCGGGCGGGAAAGCGCCUUCACCCACUCACAGAGGCAGCUGUCUGCCAGUGGAUCCCUGGGCUUCCAGGGGAGGACAGCCUUGGGGCCGAGUCCAGGCAAAGGGAAAACUAGGAAGUCCUAAAAACCUCUGCCGUCAGCCCCUGCGUUUCUUAGCCUCAGGAAGAUUCUGGCUUUUGCACCACUCUUUGAAACGGUUUAAUCUGCUGAGAAUCUCUGUAGUUUUCAAACGGUGUUUUAUCUUGGGCCCUCCUCCGCUGCUUCCCCAAGCUCAUUAGGGAGCUGGAUGAAGUGGAGCAGCCGCGACUGGAACCAGAGCGCAAAGCGGAUGCACCAGGCGCAGGCGGGGGCCCACCCCUCCUGCGCUUCAACGCCGGCCCCUGUGGUUUUCAGCUGUUAACUCGAGGACAUGGCAAAGAAGCCUGCAGAAUGGUUAUUUGGUUACAGAAUUUCUAAGUUUGGACGUUGAGAGAGUUGGUGAAGGCCCUGAGAGGAUGCCCGAAUAGGUUCUGAGCCCGAAUAGGGUGCUCUCGGGCCAGGCAGGCCAAGUGGGAGCCGCUGGGUCCUCCCGGCCUUUUCUCCCUUGCGCAAACCAGUUUUGCUAGUGUGCUUAGUGUCUUCUGCGUGAGGAGCUGUACUUGGCUUAUCACAGUUUUACUUUAUUGCAAAAGCAGUUCACGAUUUAAAGUUUCUCUGGUGAACAAGUGUGCGGAUUGUGACUUAUGUCAGUCCAAGAAAUAAAUAAACAUGCAGUUCUCCCUCCUAUCAUUAGUAGCAGUGACAAGGAAUUUUUGGAAAAUAUGCAAAGAUACAUAAUUACAGAAACGGAGAGAGUGGGCUGUAAUGAGGAAGGACCUGCUGAUGAGUAUUACAUCAUAUACCGCAAUGUUUUUGAUAAGGUAAUAGAAUAUGUUACUGCAUACAAAUCCAUUCUUACUUCAAUCAAAAAAGAAUAUGAUGCCUUUGUUGAGACAAUAAAGAAAGGCCGAAGAACUACAUUUUUUCUUCAUGGAAGAGUUAAAGUUUUGGCAGCAGGGCCCACAGCUUUCGUGUAUCACAAGAGAAGAAUUACACAACUUGAAGCAAAGAUGAGAAUUAUUGAAAACAAUUCCUCAAAAAUCCAAUUGGAAAUAGAUCAGAUUAAACAGCUUAGGGAAGAGUAUUAUUCAAAAGAAAUACCAUAUUGCACUUUCUCUAAAGAUCCAUCAACACGUAUUCCAGGCAUGACACUCCGAGAGUCUGUCAGUCUAGAUGCACUCACUAAGCACAUGAAAUAUCUUGAAAAAAAAUAUGAAGAAAUGAAGCAGGAUAUGUCAAUAAAAUAUAUACCAGUUCAGAGGAAGGCUGAUUUAGAUGAAGAAAUGAUUAUGCUACUAAAACGGCGAGAUAUAGCUGAAAAUCUGAACAAAGAAUUACAGUUUAGUCAUCAAAGACUGCAGAUUAUUUCCUAUGCAUUUUCUUUAUGGGUGAAAUCUGAUAUGAGCAGCUCCUUUCCAGACUUUGUAGAGCAAAUUCAGAAAACCAAAGAUUUGCAUGAUGACCAAGCCAUUGCUGAGGAACUGCUUGAAGAUGAUCCAAGCCAGGCCAAAGAAGCAGAGAUUGUGCUUUACUACAUUGAAAGGUUCAAUGAAUUAAUCUCACUUGGUGAAUAUGAAAAGGCAGCUUGUUUUACAGCAAACAGUCCUAGAAGAAUUCUUCGAAACACUGGUACAAUGGAUAAAUUUAAGGCUGUUGGGAAAAUUAGAGGAAAGCCUCUUCCAUUACUCCUAUUUUUUGAGGCUGUGUUUAGCACAAGUCAUGCUUUUAGACAGCCUAUUGAUGCGGAACUAACCCUGGAAGGAAUCAAAUGUGGAUUAUCAGAAAAACGGCUGGAUUUGGUUAUCAAUUGGGUCACCCAGGAAAAGCUGACAUUCUCUGAGAAGGCUGGGGAUGUGAUUUGUGAUUAUGGAGAGCAGGAUACUUAUAACAAAUCCAAGUGCUUGGCUUUAGCUCAGAUUAUCUACAGUGAAUGUGACCUGCACAAGAAAGUUCUACUCUGCCUGUGUAAACAGGGUCAGGUUCAUAGGGCCAUGGAAUAUAUACAAUUCAAGGACUUUACUUCUGAUGACCUGAUACAGCUAAUAACAUUAUGUCCCCAAACUGAAUUAAUUCAAUGUCUCACUAAAGAAUGGAAUGGGAAACCACCAUCUUUAUCUUUUUGUCUUGCCGUACUUCAUCUAUUCUCUGUAGACAUGAAAAAGGUUGGGAUUAAGCUACUUCAAGAAAUAAAUGCAGGUGGGAAAGCUGCUGUUGAACAUCUUGUGAUAAGUGAUUCCUUUUGCUCUCUAGAAACGUGGCAAGCAAUGGCAAAUAUAUGUUUACAAAAUGGCUUUGACAAGUUAUGUAAUGACAUCAUGUCCAUCCUUCGAUCUCAGGCUGGAGUGACAGAAAUUUCUGAAGAGGAUGAUACAGUCAAUUUAAUGGAACAUGUUUUUUGGUAGUUCUGUAUCUUCACCAGUUGAGGGAGCUUGUAUAACAUUUUAUGUAUGUUGGUUGGGCAAACUGGUUUGGCAUAACUCACUUUUAAAUAAAUUUAGAGUAUGAAAAUCUCAGAAAUAACACUUUGUCAUUGACGACAUUUAGAUUUGUCCUUGAAAACAUUCCUUUACCCUAUGUGGUCAUUUCUUAUACUUAAUCUUGCUAAAAUCUAGGAAUGUAACUGUGUAAAACAUGGUAGGCAUUUUUAUCUAAAUGCCUAAGCUAAUGUUCAGAUACAUUCCUUUCUGAUAAUCUAAUUUGAUAGCAAAAACUGAAGAAGUUAUGGGAAGUAUCCUUUCAGACUGUUUUCCUAAGUAUCAAGUGCUACAAACCUGACUUGACAAGAAAAACAGGAUGUCAUUUCAAGGUUGAAUCCUCUAGCAAAACCCUAUAGAGUAUAGUAGUAACUUUAAAUUGCUGGUUUAAAAACAUACCCCAUGCUUUGCCAUAGAUAAAUAUGACAAAGAUUAGGUUUCUACAUAGAAUUUGGGAAUGUUCUUAUUUAGUAAGACCAACCAACUUUUGCACAGAAAGACUUGGGAUUUCUGUAGGUACUGAAAAUAUAAUACAAAGGGCCGGCGCUGUGGUAUAGCAGGUAAAGCCACUGCCUAUAUUGCCGGCAUCCCAUAUGGGCACAGUUUCAAGUCCUGGCUGCUCCACUUCCAAUCCAGCUCUCUGCUAUGGCCCAAGUCCUCAGGCCCUUGCACGUGCCUGGGGGACCCAGAAGAAGCUCCUGGCUCCUGGCUUCAGAUUGGCACAGCUCCAGUCAUUGCAGCUAUCUGGGGAGUGAACCAGCCGACAGAAGACCUCUCUCUCUGUCUCUCUGCCUUUCUGUAACUCUGCCUUUCAAAUAAAUAAGAGAAAAUCUUAAAAAAGAGAAAAUGUAUCAUAGGAAGUGAUUUUGUAUGAUUUAAAUUGUUCAAAUAAGUAUUGAAAGUUCAGAGAUCUUUGCCAUGGGCAUAUAUGGUACUAAAAAUAUUGAAUAAUCAGUAUGGCAUGGGUACCAAUCAAGCUGAGCAGGUAGCUAAAUAAUCAGAACAGCUUUCAGCCCUUACACCACACCAGAGCAUACCAACCGUAGGACAACCUUGACCAUGCAUAUGGUAACAAUGAGCUACUGCUACAUAGAGGAAGAGGAAAGAGCACAAGUCCUUCUAACUUCAGAUUGAUUUUUUAAAAAGAUUCACUUAUAUAUUUUUAAGUCAGAGAGAGGGGGUCUUCCAUCUACUGUUUCACUCCCCAAAUGGCUGCAGCCAGGAGCCAAGAGCUUCAUCCAGAUCCCCCACAUGGGUGGCAGGGGCCCAAACAUUUAGGCCAUCUUCCGCUGCAUUUCCCAGGCCAUUAUCAGGGAGCUGGUUCGGAAAUGGAGCAGCUGGGACAUAGUGGACACUCACAUGGGAUACCAGCAUUGCAGGUGGUGGCCUCACCCACUGCUCCACAGUACCAGCCCCUGCAUGCUGCUUUUUAUUUUCUAGUAGAAAGAAUGUGAACUUGGAGUCAGACAGCCUUGUAUUACUUUUUUUUUUUUUUUUUUGAAAGGCAGAGUUUCAGAGAGGCAGAGACAGAGAAAGUGAAGUUUUCCAUCCACUGGUUCACUCCCCAAAUAGCUACAAUGGCCAGAGAUAAGCCAGACCGAGCCAGGAGCUUCUUCUGGGUCUCCCACGCAGAUGCAGGGGCCCAAGGACUUAGAACAUCUUCUACUGCUUUCCCAGGCCACAAUAGGUAGCUGAAUCAGAAGUGGAGCAGCUGUGACUUGAACCAAAUGCCCGUAUGGGAUGCUGGCACUGCAGAUGGCAACUUUACCUGCUACGCCACAGCGCCAGCCCUUUGUAUUACAAUUUUGGCCCUACCUGUUAUUCUUUUGUAAAAUAUGGGCAAUGAUACCUCCCCUUUGUGUGGUGUGAGGAUUAAUGACAAUAUAUGUAUAGUGUAAAUGUGUAACAUUAUAGGUGGAACUUCACAGAUAUGAGCUAUUGUUUCCAUGUGAUAGAUUCCACAAACACGGAUUUCUCUACUUAGUUUAUGCUUACUAAAUCCUGUGUUUCUGUCUAUUUGUAUUAUAGGAUUAUCCUUUUUGGGAGUAUGAUAUGUUAGUAUAACUUAUUGCAUAUGUAAGCUGUUUGUUCAUGCUCAUGUUAUAGUUGCCUGGCUUAUUUUAUAAAUUCAGAAGUACAUUGGCUGUUUGAAAUUUUUCCAUAUACUCAGAGUAGUAAACAAUAUACUGACUAAUUACAAUUCAGUUUCCUGAAACCUAAGUAUUUUUACUAAAAUGAUACAUACACAAGUUUAAAAACCAAUAUAUUACUAAAAGGACUUGUAGUGACUCAUA